UAGCAGAUGUCCUUGGAAGCAACUGUUUUUCACUUUCAUAAUUUCCCAAAUGAUAAUAAAAUGUAUUAACAAAUGCAAUUUCUGAUUGCUCCAAGAAACCACUGUUAAACUCGCGUGAAGAUGCUCCUCCGCACGAGGAUUCUGACUUCCUUUUUUGUUCAGAGCUGUGCUCUCAUUCGGGGGAAGGCUGGUGGCCAGACCAGCCCCACUCGCAACCAUGACGCCUAAACACAGCCUUCUAGGCUUCCUCGUCAGUUUCUUCCUGACAGGUGUAGCAGACACCCAUCCAGCCCACGAGUCUCUGAAGCCUCAGAGAGUACAUUUUCAGUCCCGAAAUUUUCGCAACGUUCUGCACUGGCAGCCUGGGAGGGCUGGCCCCGGCAACAGCAGUAUCUACUUUGUGCAAUAUAAAAUGUAUGGACAGACACAAUGGAAGAAUAAAGAGAACUGUUGGGGUAUUCAAGAAUUCUUUUGCGACCUUACCAAUGAAACCUCAGAUGUCCAGGAGGCUUACUACGGGAGGGUGAGGACAGCCUUGGCUGGGAUCCCCUCUGGCUGGACCAUGACGCGGAGGUUCACUCCCUGGUGGGAAACAAAAAUAGAUCCUCCAGUCAUGAAUGUAACCCAAGUUAAUGGAUCCUUGUCUGUGAUUCUCCGUUCCCCAAACACACCGUACAGAAACCAAAAGGGGCGAAAUGUACCAAUGGAAACUUACUAUGAGCUGGUAUACCGAGUCUUCAUAAUCAGCAAUUCACUAAAAAAGGAGCGAAAGGUCUAUGAGGGAACUCACAGAACUGUUGACAUUGAAGCUCUGACACCUCACACUGGUUACUGUGUAGUAGCUGAAAUAUAUCGGCCGAUGCUAGACAGAAGAAGCCAGAGAAGUGAAGAGCGAUGUGUGGAGAUCCCUUGAAGGGGUGUGGUGUGCUCUGCAACAUGGAAAUCAGAAGCUCUCUGAACAUGGGUUGGCUCAUGUUUGCAGGGGCUCAUUGACAACUGUUUUCAUAUCUUCUUAAAGCCAUGUUAUACUUUUGGGACUUCUUUGUUUAUCCAUUCUUUCUUCUUUUAUAUUUCAUUUGUAAACUAAAUGUAAGCAAUGUGCCCCCCCAAAACACAUUAGAAUUUAAAGAAGAGGCAGAGAAUAAAGGGUCUAUGAAAUACAGAGCUUUACUUCUGAAUGUAGCAUCCCUACCAAGAAUCUCCAUUCUUCUAAUUGAAGAACCAUGAAAUAGUAGGCAUUUAACAAACUGUUGUUGAAUUAAGUUUUGACAAAUGCCAUGAUAGGCAAGCAAUCCUGAAGCAUUCUUCUUCACUCUCUAUUGAGACAAUUUGACAUAGAUGUACCAACUUUUAUAUGAAUGAAAUUUUUACAUAAAUGAAUUAUUUUCCCAUAUAUUUCUAUAUUAUAUGAAUAUAGUUUUUCAUGCAAUUAUUUUUUAUUAUAAAUUAUUUCUACUUGAUGAACAAUUUUUUAUCUAUGUAAAUAAGAAUAGUAUUUGAAAAAAUACCUCAUGGUGUCUGGAUUAAUAUCCAGAUAAAGAUGAUCCACAAUAGCAUCCAAAUACUGAUGUCUAUUCAAUUCUAUUUCCCCUGUUUAGCACACACCCACAUUAAGGUUUUCAUUUCUGUUUUUGUUUUGUUUUUUAAUAUCACCUUAGAAGAAUUUAACCUUAUUCUCAAAAGCAGGCAUAGUAUUUUUCAGCAACAAAGUAAGAAAGGAACCUUAACUCUGAUACACACCACACUUACUGUUCUACCCUCCCUACGGAGAGUCUCUGGCUGGUUGCAUGUUCGUAAUUUCCAUGUACAAGUCUCUUAUGAAUGACACUUUGACUGGGGACGGGGGUGGGGAGGGGGUGUGGUGCGUGGGAUGGCUGAGAACCAGGCAGGGAUGUUGGCUUGCAGCGGAAAGCACACAGGGGGUGACAGGUGACCUGGGAGACAGCCUGGUGCUGGCAGAGAUUAUAGGUCUGGUUAACACUCCCCAAUGACAUUCUAGCUGCUCCACUGGCCACUCCACCCCCCAGGAAAUGCGUGCGGCCUGAAGCCUAGUGUACACAUUCUAGAUUCAGUCUUACAUACCCAUGUAAGGUUGUCUUUCUUGUGACAGGUUAGAGAACAUUUGUACAAUUUCUCAUGGAAAUUGCCCCAAAAUGUGGUAAAAAUAUAGUAAGUACUUCUGGGUAUAUAUAGUUAAACGGAAUAAUAAAUGGAUUAAAAAUUAUUCAGAAAUGCAUGGAGGGAGAGAGGGAGAGAUACAACAAGAUCUGGAGAAUUAGUUUUAUUGCUUUCCCCUGUGGUCAGAAAAAAGUGAAUCUGAGCAUAGAACGAGAGACGGAAAGUUACUUUAACCUGAGCUGUUGAAUUACGCGUGAGGAGUAAGGACUGCGUGGGGCCGGCAGCAUUCAUGUUUCUGAAAUUCAACAGUCCUGAAGCCCGAUCUGAAAACCAGCUGUGGUGGCCUCGCGAAAGCCAUUGAGCAGCAGCAAGUCUGGGUUUUGUCUGUUCUGCUUUGUGUUCGCUCUCACGCCGAGGCGGGGGCCCUCGGGCACGCUUAGGCAGGAGUGAAAUGCUUUGUGAAGAAUAACAACUGUCACAAUCUUCCUUGUGUUAGGAAUAGACUGUCAUCCUAUUUUAAUAAAUCCUUUAAUUUUU